AUGUCAUCGUAUCCGACAGUUCUUCGCAUCGUAACAGCUGACAUCCUCCUAACGGCGAUGGUCAUCGCUGUACCGUAUUGCCCAUGCGUACUGUUCAACACCACCGGAAAGUUCUACUCGCCAAAUUAUCCCGGGAAUCUUGAGAAUAUCGAAUGUCUUUUCUAUCAUUUUCGUGCACCACCGGGCUCACUCGUACAAAUCACGUUCAGCACUUUUUCGCUGCCCGUGCGAAACCCUGAGUGUACAUCUUCCUUACGAAUCUUCGACAGUUCUCCCGAUGGUUUGGUCGAUCCGGAUGAGAGCCCAAGUUUCACUUUUUGCGGUCAUGAAAUUGUAUCCGGCACAAUGUUCUACUCAAGGGAUGAACACAUGUUGCUACAAAUCCAACAUGGCAGCGCAUCUUCGAAAGGAUUCAUAGGAGAGUAUAGGUUUUUGCCAAAAGAGAACUACCUCAAUGACGGUGUUGAAAUAGCCGAUUGUAGUUAUCGAGUUGAGAAAACAAAGGGAGUGCUCUAUUCACCUGGUUAUCCAUACUAUUAUCGAUCGUAUAUCAAUUGCACCUAUAUUCUUCCGCAAAGAAAAGGACAUAGGAUAGUACUGUCGUCGGGGGAGAUUUUGCUGGGAAAAGAGGCAUCAAUAGAUAUUUUUGAAACGACUAAUGGGCAUUCCAAAUUGCUCACGAUAGCGCCCAACCAGCAUACACUUUACGCCUCCUCUGCUUCCUCACUUCUGUUACAUUUCCAAGCAAGAAAUAAUCAUGAUAAGGGUCGUGGCUUCGUAAUUGAAUUCACCUACGAGGCAGCUGUUUGGCGCAGCUCCGAGGAAGUGGCUGGCGAAUGUUCAGUGACAAUCUCAUCAGAGAGUGAAAAAAUAGGCACAUUUACGUCGUCGAAACUACAUUUGAAAGGCUCAAAUUUGCCAAACAAAUGCAGAAUUGUUUUCCAAGGAUAUCCAAACGAGCGAGUUUCUGUGAAAUUCACACAUUUCAAUCUAUACGUGCCAGAAAAUAAAAAUUUGACAAAAAGAUGCGCAGAUGUUGAUCACCUUACUGCCGACGUUCGCGUUGGAGCACGUUUGUCACGAAUCGAUGAAUGGUGUGGUGAUCGAACCCCACCUCAACUAAUGAGCAGCACAAACCUACUGCAGCUAGAAUACACCACUAAGUCAUCACGAGCAUUACGCGAAAGUUCAAAGGAAGACGUGGGAUUCCGUCUGGAGUACAAGUUCCAUACCGACUGGGAUAUGCAACAUAUGAGGGCAAGAGGUGACCGCAACAAGGGCUGCCGUUUCACAUUCAACUCGUCCGUGCAAAGUAGCGGAAAGUUAUGGAGCGUGAACUAUCCUGGGUUAUACCCAAGAUCAUUGUACUGCGAGUAUAUUUUCCAUGGAAGUGAAGAUCAAAUAGUGCAUAUUCACUUUGAGUAUUUCGAUGUGGAGGGAUUCAAUCAAUGCGAUGAGAGCACGCAAAGCGAUUUUGUGCUGUUCAGCAACUAUCAAACACACGAUCGAACGAAUCGCAGGUUUUGCGGAAAGGUGGCGCCAAAAGGUCCGAUACUCUCAGAGUCAAAUUAUUUCCGGAUGAUAUUCUCAACGAAUGACAUUUUUGAUGCCACUGGAUUCUAUGCUCAUUAUCAGUUCAUCACUCAACGUGAGUUUCAUGCUACUUCUUGA